ACUAUGGGAUAAGAAAUAUACGGGGCGGAUCGUCUGAGAUGGAACACCCUGUAUAUUCGAAUAAGUUUCUUCAUAAUGGUCAUUUGAAAUUUUUAUUUUUAGCGCGCUAUACAUAUACUCUAAACGGUUGAAUUCAGAGCGGUGAUGCAAUGAAGUCAUUUGAUCAGCAUCGCAAGUUCUACAACAUAUAAAAUAUUGUCGCAAAUUCACUAAAACCCAAUUUCCCUUUGAUGCGGUGCGUGGUUUUUAUUUACAAUCCCCAUCCAAAUAACAGAAAAAUAUUUUCAUUCAAAUGCAUCUAUAAUUAAAAAAGUUAUGCAGAACUAGGUCACUCAGAAUACCCAAAUGUUUGUAUUUUGGAAUCAAUUUGAUGUUCUUUAACCACACUGUUUUCAUUUGUCCGUUUACUCAUGAUAACCCUGUAUUGUAAUAUGCCAUACUUUAUCCAAAAAUCAGCGGCUCAAAGGAUGGAAGGGAAAUCAUGAUAAAAUUAAAACACAAGCUGAAAUUCAAACUACUCAUUUUCCUCUUCCGCAAGAACCACUUGUUGAUCCUGCUUCAAGUAAUCUUAUUCGGAAAAAUCGACAUUUCUUUAAGCUACAUAACACCUAAUGAAGACAAAAAGCCAUCAGACACGCGGAAGAUCUCGACCUGCAGAAAAUCACGGCGCAAAUGAAUUGGUCGAGAUGAUUGCAGUUUUUUCGGGCCUUCAAGGCGACUUUGCGGUCUCACCAGUUACAGGCUAACAAUCAGAGCGCUACAAAAUUCGAUUUACACUUGCAUAAUUCGCAUCAGCCUCCGCUUUCGCUAAAAACGUAAUAUCGGAGCAAUAUUGUCACAACUACCGACGAAAAAAAUUCCUUUCUCCCGAGAUUGUUGGUCUUAACGUCCGAAACUUCUCGUCCUAGGAUUUUCAGUCCAACCUGGAACUUCACCGCGUUAACACUACGGCGUUUCUUGUUCGGUAUCGAUGAAAAAUGGACCUAUCGAUAGUGCUUUACCUCCACAUUAUUUUCGUAUCGGUGUUUUGUCAAAAUCAAUCUCAAAGUGCCGAUCCAAGGCAUAAAAGAACAGUUGGUGUGAUUCUCAAAAAUGUAGCGGAUGUUUUCGGUUAUGAUGUUAUCAAAAGACCGUCGGCACUUGGAGCUCGCCCUGCAGCACCCCCUGCGAUGCCUCCACCACCUCCAGCACCUCCUGCGAUGCCUCCAGCACCUCCAGCUCCUCCUGCGAUGCCUCCAGCACCUCCAGCUCCUCCUGCAAUGCCUCCAGCACCUCCAGCCCCUCCUGCAAUGCCUCCACCUCCUCCUCCAAAACCAGGACUCCAACCACCACCUCCUCCACCAAUGCCACCUCAAGCUCCUCCACCUGCACCUCCAACACAACCUCCUCCAAUUCCUCCACAACAACCAAUAACUUAUCCACCUAUCAGACCUCCACCGUUCUUGACAGAUGUUGUCAGAAAAUCUUUCAACCUCAACUUCUCCUGGAAUAGAGGUCCUCAAACACCAGCUCCUCCUGCUGCACCUCCAAGUCCUCCAGCACCUCCUCCAGCUCAACCACAGCCUCCAGCGGCACCUCAAAAUCCAGCUCCAGCUCCACCAGGACCUCCAUCACCUCAAAGUCCACCUCCAGCUCCAGCACCACCAGGACCUCCACCACCUCCACAGAACCCUCCUCCAGCUCCUCAGAGUCCUCCACCACCUCCACCUCCGCCAAAACCCUCUGCUGUUCCAAAUCCUCCUCCUCCACCACCCCCAAAAGCUCCAGUUGGACCUCCAAAGCAACGACCUCCUGCUAAACCCGGAAAACCAUGUAACUACGAUGAUUUAGAGCUGUAUCAGAGGAGAAACCAAGAAUCGGAAGAAGCAGAUUAUGACGGAGAUAGACCUCAAAAAUACCAGUUGGAUUUUCCAGAUUACGAAAGUGCUGAAGAAAGAGGCGAUUCUAAGAGGCAUAUUCAUCCUGAGCCUUUCCAGAAUCACUUCCAUGAUAGAAUUAAGUUCAAGAAGAACUAUCAUGAUUUCUGGCAGAAAUCCCCUUUGACAGUCGACAAAGGUUAUCGAUAUCUCACGAAACCAAUAAUAGCAGAAGAAUCUAAAAGGUUGGAUCAUUUUCCAAGAGGUUUUUCUCAUAAUGAACAUCAAGAAGAGAGUCAGUUGAAUCCAGUUUUCAGCCAUCAUAGCCGUAUCGAUCAUUUUCCUGAUGGUUUUUCCGUAUUCAAUUUUCACGACACAAGAUCUAACCUGAACAGACUAUCAAAAAGGUCAGUAGUUGAAAAAAAGGACAGUUCACCAGAUAAAAGAGAAGUGUCUUCUCAUUUAGUAUAUAAUCUUCCAAAGUUAGCAUAUAGUAACACAUUGGAACAAACUGUGUCCAAGGCAUUUGACAAUGAGAAAAUUUAUGGACCUUAUAGAGAAGUCAACGAUCAUAUUUUGAAAUUUCUCAACAGAAAUAAGGCUCCGAAACCAGUUAAUCAAGUUUUUGACCAGGAAAAAAUUUACGGACCUUAUAGACAAGUAAACAAAGAAAUUCUUAAUUUUAUACACAACAAAUUUGCUAAUGAUGCUGCUAGGAUAAACCAAAAUAAGCCACAACAAUACCUAAACAUCGAUGAAAAACAAUUCUUGGAAAACUAUCCGAUAAACUUAAAAAUUCAUGGAGAUGUGAACUACAAGGCUGAUUUGGAUAAAGUCAGCAAUCAUGAAGAUAACAAAGAUAUUUCUAAAGCAAAAGUAAUUGACUUUGGACAUGGUAAAGGAAGUAUAGACGAAAAUAAAAGAAGUGAUUCAGAAGAUAAAGAUGAAAUAAAAAAACAUGAUGAGAAAGAAGAAGACCAUAAAGAAGACAUAAAAGAAGAACACAAUGCUGAAAGUGAAGAAGAUGAAAAAAAUAAUGGAAAAUCUAAGAUCCAUAAUAUUGAAUACAGCACCAAUAAUAAAGAAGAAGAGGGAGAGAAAACAAAAGCUGACGAAAAAUCAAAUGAAGAAGAUUCCUUCAGCCUCAUCAACAAAGAGAAAAUUCAUAAAGCUGGCCCUGAUUUUUUCAGAAACAACAAUGGAAAUGAAGAGUAUAAUCAUGAAUUCAUACAUCCAGAUUCUGAAGACGAAUCUGUGGAAAAUGCUAAUGAAGAUAUCAAGAAAAAUAAGGAAAACACUUCAAAUGAACGCAUAGAAAACAAUCACGACGAUGAGGAAGAAUCGGGUAAUAUUGAAAAUGAUGACAAAUCCGCAGAAAAUGAAGAUAUACAGAAAGAAGAGGUUGGAUCUGAUGUUUCUCCAGAACAUAGAAAUUCUCAACGCCAAGAAGAAGAGGAAGAAGUCGAAUCUGAGGCUUCUCCAGGACGUAGAAAUUCACAACGCCAAGAAGAAGAGGAAGAAGUUGAAUCUGAGGCUUCUCCAGAACAUAGAAAUUCUCAACGCCAAGAAGAAGAUGAAGAGGUUGAAUCUGAGGCUUCUCCAGACCAUAGAAACUCACAACAACGCCAAGAAGAAGAGGAUGAAGCUGAGUCUGAGGCUUCUCCCGAACACAGCAAUUCUAAAUAUCAUCAGAGGGAGGAGGACGAAGAUGUUGAUUCUGAAUCUUCUUCAGAAGACAAUGCUCAACAACGGCGAGAAGAAGAAGAGGAAGAAGUUCCAAGAAAAGCUCAUGAUCUCAAGGCUGAAAAGCUACCUAGAGCUGAACCCUUAAAACUGAAUGAAGCUCCAGAAAUCUCACCAUUUUAUUUUUUAGAUCCACCAAAGCUCAAUCCACAUGAUACACCUUUCUUUGAAUACUAUUCUGUACUUCCAGUGAAAAACGAAAAAGUUCAACAUUUCAACCCUUAUGGGCAUUACCAAGCACAGCUCCAAAAUGAAGACAUUGGUGGAUGGAUUCCUUCUGGAUUCAACCCUCAAGAAAUCAAAAACUUGAACCCGUUCAAUCCAUACAGCCAACAGCAAAAUUUGAAGAAACAAGAAGUCGAGGAUAACGGGAGAGAUAGUGAAGAAACUCUAUAUACUUUAGUACCUGCUGCUAGUAUCAGAGAGUUAUAUACUUCAGAAAAAAUAGUUCCAAUCCCAUUUGAUGUUGAAUAUAGUGGGUCUGAAAAAAGACAGAGAGUUGUUAAACGGUCGAAAGAACUCAAAAAACCUGAAGUAACGUCUAAUAUUGAAUCUUAUCUACCAGAAAAAUAUGAUGAAAAUUUCAAUUAUGAUUUUCCUGAACCUCAAAUCAGUGACUACUCCGCGAUAGAAAAAAUUGAAGCAGAUGAGGAUGAAGAGAACCUUUCACCCAGUGCUACAGUCCUCGAUAACGAAUAUCGUAAAAAGAAAACCACAGUGAUUAUGAAAAAAAACGUGUUUGUUCAAUAGUUUUCAAUCCCAAAGAUUGUCAUUAGCCUUGUUAUCAGUUUUGUUGAUUAUUUGUAUAUUUCUUGUAUAUUAUAUGUUGAUAAUUUAUGUACAUUUUACUCAAAAAUUUGUUGUGUCCGAGUAAAGAAUAAAUGUUUCAUGAAAUAGAGUAGUUAGGAUAAUAGUAGUAUCUUUGUUGAAACUCUCAGCU